GAUUGGAGAGCUUGAAACUGACCGCGGGAGCUCCGGCGGUGCUUGUCCUCCCGCGCCUCUUGGCGUCGGUCAAGUCGAGCGUGUUGCAAUGGGCAAGUCCGCCAGAGACCUGGUCCCCCUCAUUUCCUCAUCAGGCCUGGCCUGGUUUGCUAGGGGGCAGAGAUCCGCCUGCGAGCCUGGAGGGGUCUUUCCGCCCGCAGCUCUCCGCCUCAAAACCUCGUUUGGUCCGAAGGAGCAGGACUUGUAGUCAUAAUGAUUGGUCUUGGGGGCGUGCCGUGAGUCUUACGGUAGGCGUGCUUGCUCAGUCGUUAUUCAUGUGCGCCCCUCUACGCACACCUCAGCUACACCCUAGCUUUCCGUAGCCUGGUCAAGGGCGGCGGCUAGCAGUCUGGGAGCUCUGCUUCCUACCCCUCGAGUUCCUACUUCCUGCCUUGUCGUGACCCUGACCAAGGUCUCGUCCUCAACAAACUCUCCAAUUUCACUUCAUUUACUCAGUCAUUUGGGAUUCCGGAGUGCUACAUCUAGACAUACCAUUCCCUUGAUCACCCAUACUGCCUUCUAUUGACCUGAUCAGGCUAUCUGCAUACUACUCGCUACCAUUUACCCCACCACGCCUACUAUCCAAGACAGCUACCUAUCCCAGAGAAAGCCUGACCGUGCACCACAAGCAUGUCGGGAAAGCAGGGAACUAGCUCGCGCGGCAGGGGCAAGUUCAAGAAUUACAGCCGUGGAGGCGGCAGGUCCUUCUCUCGCGGCCUGAGGCCCAUCGACGACGAGGGGAACGAGGUCAGCAUCUGGAGCGAGGAGGCGCAGCAAAAGGGCGGCGCCCUCAACGAAGAGGACGAGGAGGACGAAGAGUCGGAGGAGGAGGAGGAGGCGCCCAAGGCCAAGAAGGAGAAGCCGCCAUCGCGCGAGCAGCUCAAGGCCGCGAAGAAGGCCAAGAAGGCCGCCGCCGCCGCCAAGGCGGCCGAGGCCGAGAAGAAGGUCGAGGUCGGCGACAUGCCCUCGAGCUCCGAGGAGGAGGAGAGCGAGGACGAGGCCCCGGCCAAGGCCAAGGCGGCACCGGCGAAGAAAUAAGUCGAGGCAGGGCGGGAUAAGCUGUCGAUUCUCUCAGUACAUGCUGCCUACCUAGAUUUGGGCAGUUCGGUUUUAUGAGGCGGCCCAUGCAGCGUUCCCGUGAAGGACUCGAUCCUGCGGUGGUAGCCUGCCCUCGGUACUGAAAAUCCCCGCCAUCGGUUGCACCCGAUAGGCCGAGUAAACCAUCGGCGGUAUCGCGAUUCCCAUCAGUGACGCCUCAUGAAGUGGUGCAUGUGUGACAUUCCAAAACACGUAUCAUUAUUCAAUAUGGUAUCCUUUUAUGCGACGCACCCGAACUCCUGCGCAUGCCAUCCAAUCUGAUGGUGCAUUUGAGG